UUCUUCGUAUUUUUCUCCUCUGGGCGAGCGAUCUUGGGUUGGGUUCUUCCAGAUCUUGGGUUCGGUUCUUCCAGAUCUCUCCUCUGUCGGCUCUGUGAUCGGAUGUGUCUGCUCUUGGAUGGCAAUCACAGUAGGGAUUCGAGUAGAGCAUCUCGCGGUUGCUAAUGUGUACCCUGGCGCUGUGGCUCCGCUUGGCGAUCGCUCCAAGCUGAUCCUGGCGCCCAAUCUGCUCUACAAUGGCAGCGUGAGGAGCACACUCAAGGAGUUUGUGAGGGACAAUCUCUUUUUUGGAGAGGAGCAGCAGCAGCUUGUGGCGCCGCUCUUCACGAGGCUGAGUGAGAGUGUGCCAGUGGAGGAGGUUUACAAGAGGUACGCUUGCCAGGCUGAUAGAGACGAGUGUGAGCUCUUUGUGGACGAAGAGAGUCUCACAUUCUUUGGGAGAGAGGCUGGGAAGACUGUCGAUCUUCCGGACGAUGCCAAGCUCCACGACUACAACAUUCUCGACAAAUCCAUCGUUGAGCUCCGGAAAGCUCCCCAGCUUCUUUCGGGAAGAGGUGGUCGCUUGUUCGUGGAGACCAAGGAUGGGAUUCUGCCUUUGCAAGGCAUCUGUGGUGAUACGCGCGUGUCAGCUCUCAAGGAUGCCAUAGAAAAGCACACGGGCAUUCUAAAGUCACGGCAACUUCUGUCCUCCAUCGGCUGUGUCAUGCACGAUGAGUUUUGCAUCAAGGAUUUCGAUGGUGUUCAUGCAAUCUACGAGGAUAGCAUUGUGGACUUGACUGUAUCAGGGGAUACGAACAACGAGCAAGCACACAGGCGUAUGCUCGUUACUGUCAAUGUGCUGGGACACGAGGAGUUUCGCUUGAUCGUCCAAGGCCGGGACCGCGUGCAAGAUGUGACGAACAUUGUUGAAGCUCGUACGGGGAUUCCGCAAUGGCAACAGCGCAUCAGUUUCUCAGGCAACACUUUGCAGGACAAGAAAACGCUGGCAGAAUACUUCGUUUGCCCUCAGUCUACUCUACAGGUUGCUCCUUUCAAAAGUCCCUUGAAGUCGUCUUUCAAGGCUGGAAAGCUUUUUCACGCAGCCUCGGAGAACAGGGACGGCGAUCCCAGCUACACUCCAGCUGCAAGGAAGCUGAAGAUGGUGCGUACUUGCAAAGGAGUUGUGGCUGGAACUAUAACCAUUCCAGUACUAACAUCAGACACGGUCGGAGACCUGCGGAGGAAAGUGAAGCGCUCGCUCAGGCCGCUGGAGGAAACCAACUUUUCGAUUGGAACUCCUCCCAGGAACAGCAGUGCCAGCGUGAACUGUUUGACUGGACCGAGUCCUCUGAAGCCACGGCCCGCAAACAGCGCUCACAAACUUCCGCCGCCACCACUAGCUGACACACCCGAGAGGUUUGAGACACCCCGUGCUCGUCUUCCUGCGUCCCCUCAGACUCCACAGAGCUGCUACGUGACGCCACCAAUGUCACGGUCCAAAUCCCGCAGCGCCGCUGCUGGUGCUGGCACGAUGGAAUCGCCGGCUCGAGGAAGCAAGUCAGGUGCUCGUCGUUUGCUCAAGUUUGGCGGAGGAGGAGGCUCACCUCAACAACACCACCAACAACGCAGGGGUAGUAACCAGGUGGUGGCCAGCGACGAGAACAAUGGUAGCUCCGUGGAGGACAAGAUCAACAAGGCCCUCGUCCACAUCGUGAGCAGCACCGGCGUGGUGGAGAGCGCUGCUGCUACUGACCAGAAAAAGGGGAUGGGAGCUUGGCUCAAGCAGAUAAGAGCUGCUUUGCGCUGAGCGACGAGAACGUAUCACCCACUCUAAAGCCAACUUACUACGACUACUACUACUAAACCAGCAAUCUAAUCAACGAAACCAAUCAUCGGAACUAAAGUCAACUUCCACUUCGAGGUAACAAAGUUCUUCCAUUCUUUCUUUUAGAGACUUGCUUGAUUCUACCAGGACUGCCGCUGGGAUCUUGGAACGCAACGAGAGAACGAGAAGAGCACACAGACAGACAGGCAACAGGACCAUUUGUGUCAAUGUUGGUGGGUUCUUUCUUUCGGCCAUGGUGGUUACUGUACAAGUCUUCGGCUGGUUAAAGUCUACACCUGACACUCGCGUUAAAGGAGAGAGUGUGGCGCGGCUCGUUGGGAGAAGCUUCCGCGAUGAGGGAGCUGCUUGUCUGCUUCUGGAUGAAAAUUCCCAGAGCCUCGCGCAUCCAAUUGUGGUGGCACCGCUCCAGCGUUAUCUUCUCGAUCUCGUUGAGGUCAAUCUGGGUGAACAGAGAGUGGUGGUGGUAAGUAAGCUAUGGAGUCUUUUUCGUCUUCUCUUCUCCACACAGAGAGAGAGAGAGAGGAAGAGAGAUCUGGAUUGCGCUUACCCAUACUCUCCCUCGGUGUUGCUCCGGCCAUGUAUCCAGCUCUUGGGUCACCUCGAGGAGGAACAUGUGAACUUCGCAAGCGCCGUC